AUGUUCUGCUUACAACAAAUGGCAUGUCAGACUUUUCCCUUCUUCCCCACGAUAUCACAUUCAUCCUUUCCGUCCCAAAACGCCAAAAGAGCUGAAGAGGCUCCUGCAAGUGUACCAAGCAACUUCGAACUUCCUCAUUUGUUCUCGAAGAAGCAUGACAUUUCAAAAAUUACCUUCGCAUCUCGCCUCGUCGGAAAUAUAAUGUGCAAAUCGACGAUCGUUGCAUUUCUGCCCAGGUGUGAUGGUCCAGUAUGCCCAGAGGAACGUGAUAGCUCAUUUUCCUGCGUCGCACCAGAAACCUCUUUGGUUACAUUCCGCAGUCCGCAUUCCCAAUCUCUAUACAGGAUCAAGAAGAGAUGGCAAUUGGCAGAUAAGGCAUUUCACGAUCGUGUCGGUACUGGCAUGCCAAGAUCCUCGCAUUGCUUAUCUCGUGGAUCGGCUAGGACCGACUUAGUGCGAGAAUCUGGGGUUCGAAAGGUCCUCGUGAACUGGCCUGCUUACCGUUUGGAGAAUGGGGGAUGGUCGUCGUGA